AUGGCGAGGAACCUCCCGCCUCCCAGCUUCGAGCUGGAUGCAUGGACAUCCCACUACGAUGGCCAACUCCUCCCCCUCCGACUGCUGCACAUUGCGAGGGUGUGCCCGGCGUUGGGUGCAUCGGCCAUGGAGCUCGCCAUCAGCACGGCCAAGCGCGGCAAGGACGUGCAACUCUACAACACCUUGUGCGAGGUGGGCGGUUUUACCGUCGACACGAAAUGGGCGGCGCAACAGCACGAAGACAACAUGCGACAGUUGAGCAAGAUGGAGAGCGAGCUGAAGGGAUACAAGAACAAUCUGAUCCGUGAGAGCAUUCGCAUGGGCCAGGAGGAUCUCGCCAACCAUCACCUCAUCACCGGUGGUCCCGUGCCCGACCCGGCCACUCCCAGCUCCACCCAGCGCGCGGGAUACUACGCGGCGAUGGAGGCCUUUGGACGCAUGCGCGAUUACUGCCACACCCCGACCCACAUCAGCAGCAUGCACGUUGGCAUCGUCUACACGGCCUUCGUGCAGGCCGUCCAUGCCCAACAGAUUCUCGGCUCCGACGGCGCCAUGCACUUCAGCACGGCGCAGUUGAACGGCGCCCGUCUGCGCUCCACCGGCGUCAAGGACGAGGAGCAAGCGAAGCUGACUCCCAUUGCCUGCGUCACCACGGGCAUUGGGCACCUUGGAAGGGRGGAAUAUCGCAUCGCCGCCCUCUCCUUGAUGGCCACGCCCUUUGAAUACCACAAUCUCGGGCCCGUCUUUGGCAACGAUUUCGAACGCAUCCUCGCCUCCGCCAACGAUGUCGCCAUCUAUGGAGGUCUCUGCGCCCUGGCCACCAUGUCCCGUCAGGAACUCGUCGACAACGUCCUCGGCGGUCCCUUUCGUCAAUUCCUCGAGCAGGAACCGCACAUGCGCAAAGCCAUUGGUUUGUACACGACUGCAAAGUACCAGGCCUGCAUUGAACUCCUCCAGCACUACUACUCGGACUGGUCGAUGGACAUCUUCCUCGGUGCCACCGUCUCCUCCCGUGGCAUGUCCCACGUCGAUGCUCUCUUCAACCUCAUCCGCGAACACAGCAUCACCGCCUACUUUUCCUCCUUUUCCGAAGUCACCAUCUCCUCGCUUGCCGCCACAUUUCCUCCACGAUCCACCUCCUCCGAAACGAUGGAGCGAGAAGUGUUGCGGAUGAUUCAGAACAGGACGCUCGACGCACGAAUCGACCUGGUCAAGGGCGUGCUGAUCGCACCGCGGAAAGAGGCAAGAGCCGCGGCGCAUGCAGACGCGAAGAGGGCGGCCGAAGAGGUAGAGCGCACCCUGCUCUUGCGACUGCRCAAGGUCAAUAUGGUGUUGGCGGGUCUGGAAAUCCCCAAGCCGAAGCAGUACGAUCCCAACUCAAGAUUUUGA